AUGAUUCACAAGCAUUUCAAAGCAGUUAAAUUAUUCCUUUUUCGUUUGGAGUUUAAAAAGCCAUGUCAUCAAGGAACAUGCAGAAGUGGCACAGUGCCAGUUCAAUCAUAUGUCGUUUACCCACCUUGUCGCAGCGGCUUAAGGAGAACUCUCACCUUCAUCUCAUUACGACUCGCGCCCGGCUUCGCACCUUCCAGUUUUUGA